GUUCAAUCGCUGGCUAAACGCUAUGAACCAAACUGGGAGUCACUGGACAGUCGACCCCUACCCGAGUGGUAUGACCAGGCUAAAAUUGGCAUAUUCCUACACUGGGGCGUAUACUCUGUGCCCGCAUUCAAUAGCGCGUGGUUUCCGGAACAUUGGAAAAUUGACAAGAUUAAAGACUUCACCGAUUUUAUGGCUAAAAACUAUCGGCCAAACUUCACGUACGCCGACUUUGCCACUCAGUUCACGGCUGAGUUUUAUGACCCCAACCGUUGGGCCGAUAUAUUCAAGGAUGCCGGCGCCCAGUAUGUGGUGCUGACCAGCAAACACUGCGAGGGCUAUACCUUAUGGCCAUCGAAAUACUCGUGGAACUGGAACGCCAUGGAUGUUGGACCUAGUAGAGAUUUGUUAGGUGAUUUAUCGGUAGCCGUGAGGGCAAAGGGUAUGCAUUUCGGGACAUAUCACUCGUGGAUGGAGUGGUUGAACCCGCUAUACCUCGAGGACAAGGCUAAUAACUGGACAACAAGAAACUUUGUCAAGACCAAAUCCCGACCCGAAAGGGAGGAGUUGAUCACCAAAUAUAAACCGGAUCUCUUGUGGUCUGACGGCGAGUAUGAGUCCCCCGAAGAAUACUGGGAGAGCACCGACUUCUUGAGCUGGCUGUACAACGUUAGUCCCGUAAAGGAUACAAUUGUCGUGAAUGAUAGAUGGGGUAACGUUCCCAAUCGGACGACAAACUGCAAACACGGGGGUUAUUGGAACUGUUGGGAUAAAUACAACCCAAAGGUAUUACAGACCCAUAAGUGGGAGAACGCUAUGACUAUUGAUAGGAAUGCCUGGACUUUCAGACGGGAAGCCGUUUUGGAGGACUUCCUGUCGCCCAAAGAGAUUAUGGAAACACUCGUACAGACUGUCAGUUGCGGCGGAAAUCUGUUGAUAAACGCCGGGCCCACACAUGACGGGAGGAUUACACCUAUAUUUGAGGAAAGGCUGAAACAAAUGGGUUUAUGGCUUAAGAGGAAUGGAGAAGCGAUUUACGGGUCGAAGCCGUGGACCCAUCAAAACGAUACCAUCACUCCUGAUGUCUGGUAUACACAAAAUGAUGGCAAAGUGUACGCAUCGGUAGUGCAUUGGCCAGAGAGUGGACGGGUAUUAUUGGGAGGCCUUAAGUACAGUACCGUUGCGUCCAUUCAAUUGAUUGGCGUUAAGGAUAGCCUUCAGUUCACUGAAGACAAGAGCGGAUCAACUGAAGUGACAUUUCCUGUACUCAAUCCGGACAGUCAUAUCCAAUGGGUGUAUGUCCUGAGGAUUACCACUAAAUAA